UUGUUUAUUUUCCCGAUGAUCUUAUCAAUAUUCAUGCAGGAAUGGCCGUAAAAGAAGCAAUAUGUGUGUUAGUGUUGGUGAUCCUUCUGCUCUCACAUUCAAAUUCAAUGGCGAAAGAGGAGCCAAUUCCAGCUGAUUGGCCGCAUCAAUUCCACGCGUUGAUGUUCAUGAACAGAAGCGGAACUCUCCAGAAGCUAGACUUGUGGUACGAUUGGCCCAACGGUCGCAACUUCAACAUAAUCCAGAAUCAACUAGACGACGUCGUCACAUACGACCUUGAAUGGAACAACGGCACCUCCUUCAUCUACACUCUCGAUCCCUCUAAGAAGGAGUGCCAAGUCUUGCACGUAGAAGUCGGUAUUCUCCGCCCCAAUUGGCUCGACGGUGCUACCUAUUUGGGUCAGCAAAAUGUUGAUAAUUUCCUCUGCAAUGUGUGGGAGAAGGUUGAUUUCAUUUGGUACUACGAGGAUGUCCUUACUCAAAGACCCGUUAAGUGGGUCUUCUACUCAGGAUAUACUGCUCAUGUGAUGACAUUUGAGGUUGGAGCAGUGCUAGAGGAUCCAAAUUGGCAGGCUCCUGUGUACUGUUUUAAUGAGAAUGAGAAGGAAAGGGGUGCCUCCCUAUUAGAGCCUGCUGUUCAUGGUGAUUCUCUCAGGAGGUUGAGGAGAGGAAUAGCCAAUACAACAGAUGCAUUGUAAUUAUGAAAUGACUCAUGCACUUUUUGUUGUGUAAGUCUAAUCUAUGUCUGUUUUGGUUGGGGACAUGAAUAAUUGUUUAAUUCAGCAAAAUGUUUGCAUGAACUUGCCAUCAGAAUCUUGUUGGACGCUGCAGCAUAAUUUUGAGCUAACCAUUUUUCAUCCUAGCAGAUAAAUUAAUAUGUCAUCGCAGCUCAGCUCAGCUCAUCUUAGGAAUUUGGAAAACAAUGAAAUGUAAAUUGUCUUUUAAGUAGAACAGAAUUAAAGUGGUGGAAGAAGUGGCAUGUUUUAUUACUCUAACAGCAACACUCUCGUAACAGAGCUUAAUUCAAUUAAUUGGUUGGUUGAUUAUGCAAGUGGUAACCAUGCUUGUUUGUAGAUAAGGUGUUUACUUAAUGGCUGAAACACUGACGAUUUACUUAUUUAGAGAAGGCACUGCUCUUGAGAUAAUACAUGGGUAAGGGUGUAAGAGGUUGGCAUGAUCUCAAAAGAAAGGCUUGGACGGUUUGCUAUCAGUAAAUCAGUAGCUUGGGAUUGAUCAAUCUCAUAAUUUGUAACAAUGAACAAAUAUCUAAAUUAUAUAAAAUUUAUUAUAAGUGAUGAUAGAAAUAAGAGUUGAUUUAAUGGUUAGAUUG